AGAUCUUUUGGUUUCCCAAUACCAUUCCAUUGACUGAUGAAGACGCUACAUCGUUACAUCAAUUGAGGCUAUAAAAUGCAGUCCAUUAGUUCGAGUGUGUUAGUAUAUUGAGGUUUGGAGGAGCUGUCAGUGAGAGUCAUGGCUGGUGUGAGCAUUGCUUGGUUUACAGUAUGUCUCGUAGUUCUAACACACACUGCGGACGUAGGUUUUGCCCAGCUUGCUACAUGUUACAGUACAGAGAACUUCAGCUGUUCUAACUCAUCGACUGAAAUGCGGUCAUCUGGUCAGGUGUGCUGCGACGAGGGAUUCCUGUCCUUCAUGGAAGCUGGUAGAGACGUCUGUGAACUCUGCUCAGGCAAUGUGCUUUGCUCGGCUAACGUUGGCUGCACUGAUUCAUUUGAUGCCAGUCAAGCUCAGAGUCGUGGCGAGUGUUGUGCUACUGGUGGGGGAGUGGCUUACACAAACAGUGCAGGAAUAUGUGUACAAUGUCCCACUUCCAUCACCGGUUGCUUCGCUGGGAACCAGUGUAGUGGAGACACCAUCCCCCUCACCUCGACUGAGUCAGCGGCUGCUCAAGUCAGAGAGUGCUGUGUCAACACUGCCGGACUCUCCUACAACCUACUGGGACAAUGCAUCGACUGUGUCGUGUAUGGAUUUCUACAAACGAGUCUUAACGAUGCUGAGAGGGGGCAGGGCUACCCGGUGGGGAUUGGGUACAUCAAACGACCCCCCACAGUCAAUGCCCUCCUCAGGGGGGACAUAUCUGUAGACGCUGGUGGCACUGCAACACUCAACAACGACUUCUCUCUUAGUUCUACGGUGUUCACAGCUCGACCCAACGUCCCUGGAGAGAUUAUCAUCACGUAUAGAGUAGACAGUAUCGCUCAGGAGUUUGCUGAGAUGGCAAGACUCCGCCUAUCUCUGAGGUUUGCCCCACCCCGUGGUUCGCUGGUGCAGGACACACUUGAUCUGGUCAUUCAGGAUAGUGACACCGUAAAUUUCCGACUGACGGAGACCGACUAUCGCUCGAUUGAGAGUGAUUUGAGAAUCAAUGCAGUGGUUAGCAAGGACCUGAGAAUUGCCAACCCAGUCACCUUCCUACUGACACCCUUCACCAUCGACCAGGCCGUCUCUGGAGGCGUGGCACUUCCUGCAUCUUUACCACCAGAUGAUAAUCCAUUCUCUCCCAAUCGUGCUAAAACGUCUCCUGAAGAUCGUCGUGACUUCUCCUCUGAUGUAAUCUCAGUGAGGUUUGAAUCGGACGAGAUCGGUAUCCAAGUGAGCGAUGUCCCCGUUCCGGUACCAAUCACACAAGAUGCGAUCAACGAGGCUCGAGAGGAGUUAUUUGUAGUCCACCUCACAUUAGGGGAAUCCAUGAAUGCAGGGGGUGUUAAUAUCAUCAGGGAGGUCUCUCUCUGUAGGAUCACUGAUGAUGACGAUAUCCAGAUUGGGUUCCAAAGAGCGACGUACAAUUUCCCAGAGCCACAAUUUGAGACCGAGAUCUUCGGAGAAGUGUUUAUUGAGAAACAAGAUGGUCGCAUCACGGAACAGACAUUUCCCGUCGUAUUUGAAGUGAGAAUGGCCACACCCAACCCAACAAUUCGAUUUGCAUCGCUAUCGACUGUAGUGGAUGGCGUUGUUAUUGACAACGACUAUGUGGUUGACACACCCGAUCGAGUUUUCAUCGUACGAGAAUUUUCACCAGGCGAGCAAACUUUAGAGUUCUCGUUUACCCUCUUCCCUGAUGAUUUCCCCGAGGGCACGGAAGCGUUCCAGGCCAGUGCACAGCCGUCAGAGGAUCCGAUUAGCCCAGCUUUCUUAGCCCCCUCCGCUGGAGUACUGUUUGCCUCAACCUUUAUCAUCAUUGAAGACGACGAUGAUGUGGCUCUUGGAUUUGAGCAGAACUAUACAGUGAGUGAGGGUGUUGGUUCAUUUCAAGCGUGUUUCCGAGUGUUCAACCCCCCUGACAACCAAGAGCUCACUCUCAGCCUGGACCUAGUGGUCGACACCAUUGAAGGAUCUGCAGUUGAGCUUGACUACACGGCCAUCAGAUCCAGUAACCUUGACGUUUUUCGAACUCUCGGUGGUUCUCAAAGAAGAGCUUGUUUUGAUGUCUUCAUUACUAACGAUCAGUUACCUGAAGACACUGAAACAUUUUCUCUGUCUCUGUCAUUGGAUGACUUUGUUGACCAGGCAGUGAGGGAUCAGGUUGUCAUAGACCCCAGUGAAGUAUACGUGGACAUCCUGGACAAUGAUGAUGUGAUUGUUGGAUUUGAGCAGAACUAUACAGUGAGUGAGGAUGUUGGUUCAUUUCAAGUGUGUUUCCGAGUGUUCAAUCCCCCUGACAACCAAGAGCUCAUUCUCAGCCUGGACUUAGUGGUCGACACCAUUGAAGGAUCUGCAGGUGAGCUUGACUACACGGCCAUCAGAUCCAGUAAUCGUGACGUUGUUAGAACUCUCAGUGAUUCUCAAAGAAGAGCUUGUUUCGAUGUCUCCAUUACUGACGAUCAGCUACCUGAAGACACUGAAACAUUCUCUCUGUCUCUGUCAUUAGAUGACUCUGUUGACCAGGCGGUGAGGGAUCAGGUUGUCAUAGAGCCCAGUCAAGUAUACGUGGACAUCCUGGAUGGUGAUGAUGUGAUUGUUGGAUUUGAGCAGAACUAUACAGUGAGUGAGGAUGUUGGUUCAUUUCAAGUGUGUUUCCGAGUGUUCAAUCCCCCUGACAACCAAGAGCUCAUUCUCAGCCUGGACCUAGUGGUCAACACCAUUGAAGGAUCUGCAGGUGAGCUUGACUACACGGCCAUCAGAUCCAGUAACCGUGACGUUGUUAGAACUCUCAGUGAUUCUCAAAGAAGAGCUUGUUUCGAUGUCUUCAUUACUGACGAUCAGUUACCUGAAGAUACUGAAAUAUUUUUUCUGUCUCUGUCGCUGGAUGACUCUGUUGAUCAGGCAGUGAGGGAUCAGGUUGUCAUAGAGCCCAGUCAAGUAUACGUGGACAUCCUGGACAAUGAUGAUGUGAUUGUUGGAUUUGAGCAGAACUAUACAGUGAGUGAGAGUGUUGGUUCAUUUCAAGUGUGUUUCCGAGUGUUCAAUCCCCCUGACAACCAAGAGCUCAUUCUCAGCUUGGACCUAGUAGUCGACACCAUUGAAGGAUCUGCAGGUGAGCUUGACUACACGGCCAUAAGAUCCAGUAACCGUGACGUUCUUAGAACUCUCAGUGAUUCUCAAAGAAGAGCUUGUUUCGAUGUCUCCAUUACUGACGAUCAGCUACCUGAAGACACUGAAACAUUCUCUCUGUCUCUGUCGCUGGAUGACUCUGUUGACCAGGCAGUGAGGGAUAAGGUUGUCAUAGAGCCCAGUGAAGUAUACGUGGACAUCCUGGAUGGUGAUGAUGUGAUUGUUGGAUUUGAGCAGAACUAUACAGUGAGUGAGGAUGUUGGUUCAUUUCAAGUGUGUUUCCGAGUGUUUAAUCCCCCUGACAACCAAGAGCUCAUUCUCAGCCUGGACCUAGUGGUCGACACCAUUGAAGGAUCUGCAGGUGAGCUUGACUACACGGCCAUCAGAUCCAGUAACCGUGACGUUCUUAGAACUCUCAGUGAUUCUCAAAGAAGAGCUUGUUUCGAUGUCUCCAUUACUGACGAUCAGCUACCUGAAGACACUGAAAUAUUUUUUCUAUCUCUGUCGUUGGAUGACUCUGUUGAUCAGGCCGUGAGGGAUCAGGUUGUCAUAGAGCCCAGUCAAGUAUACGUGGACAUCCUGGACAAUGAUGAUGUGACUGUUGGAUUUGAGCAGAACUAUACAGUCAGUGAAAGUGUUGGUUCAUUUCAAGUGUGUUUCCGAGUGUUCAAUCCCCCUGACAACCAAGAGCUCAUUCUCAGCCUGGACCUAGUGAUCGACACCAUUGAAGGAUCUGCAGGUGAGCUUGACUACACGGCCAUCAGAUCCAGUAACCGUGACGUUCUUAGAACUCUCAGUGAUUCUCAAAGAAGAGCUUGUUUCGAUGUCUCCAUUACUGACGAUCUGUUACCUGAAGACACCGAAACAUUCUCUCUGUCUCUGUCGUUGGACGACUCUGUUGACCAGGCCGUGAGGGAUCAGGUUGUCAUAGAGCCCAGUGAAGUAUACGUGGACAUCCUGGACAAUGAUGAUGUGAUUGUUGGAUUUGAGCAGAACUAUACAGUGAGUGAGAAUGUUGGUUCAUUUCAAGCGUGUUUCCGAGUGUUCAAUCCCCCUGACAACCAAGAGCUCAUUCUCAGCAUGGACCUAGUGGUCGACACCAUUGAAGGAUCUGCAGGUGAGCUUGACUACACGGCCAUCAGAUCCAGUAACCGUGACGUUCUUAGAACUCUCAGUGGUUCUCAAAGAAGAGCUUGUUUCGAUGUCUCCAUUACGGAAGAUCUGUUAGUUGAAGACACUGAAACAUUCUCUCUGUCUCUGUCGUUGGAUGACUUUGUUGACCAGGCAGUGAGGGAUAAGGUUGUCAUAGACCCCAGUGAAGUAUACGUGGACAUCCUGAAUGAAAAUGUUGCCACGGUGAGGUUUGAGCGUCCCACCUACACGUUUAGCGAGGACUCUGGCACCGGGGAGGUGUGUCUUAUCAAGGAUCUGGCCACCUCUGAUAGCGUCACGGUGCAGGUCACCACCACUGAUGGAACAGCCAUUGAUGGUUUAGACUACACUGGAGGGCCCUUCACGGUCACCUUCACCACAGCUGCCAAUGACAGACAAUGCAUAUUCAUUCCACUCAUCAACGACACUAUUCGUGAACUACCAGAGAACUUCACUGCUGACAUUGUCAUUUCGUCAAACCAGCGAGUCAUCCUUGGUGACCCACCAAGAACCAUAGUUACCAUUCUAGACAAUAUGGUGAUUGACACGGUAACCGGGGAUCCUUUGUUCGCAGUCCCUCUACUGCUUUCCAGUGAAGACUUAGUGCAAUUCGGUGCGAAAGAAGUGUUCCUCUGCUACGAAGUCCACGGUGAUAAUCAGCAAUACUUCAAUCUCGUAACAGAUCAGUGCCUCAGUGUUAACGCACUCUUUACUGCCGUAGCUCCGAAAAUCGACGUCAUUACAAGAGUUGGAAUACGAGCCAUAGACAGUAAUGGCGAAUGUGUGAGCAUUGUUAUCGAACAAGACCAAUGCAGUGUGUCUAUUGACGGGAUGCAAAUUAUCGACACUUUUUCCAAUGCUGAUAUUUUGGUGGAACGAUCGGAGAGUGAGGUGUUUAUCAAUGUUCCUAACUGUGGAGAGAAUCCGGCCAUACGUCUGAGGUGCUUGUCGAGGAAUCUUGGUGAGAGUCAAGCCGAUCUUAUCAACUUGAUCAUAAUGAGGGGGCAGGGUAUCGGAGGAAGGAGAGCUCACGGUCUUAUAGGUCAAUUCUGGAAUGUUCCAAUUGAGAUCGAACCUUUCGCUGGCGUUUUGUCUGAUCCAAGGUUUGGGGCCGGUAGUCGCUACACUAUCAAGUUCUCCCGUGACAACAGCGGCAAUGAGACGUCAUUUACCGGUCUCUUCCAGAAACAGACGUGGAAUCACGAUCCCUUUCCCUGUCUCUAUGCAGGGGACCGUCAGGGGGGACCUAUAUUCGAGGUGGCUGACCCCAACGACCCCGUGAUUGAGGAAGGCUAUAAAGAUUACGUCGUCCCGGGCGCGUUCAGCGAGAAAGACUACAAGUUCGCGUUGUUUGAUGACAGCAAGUGCUCCGAUAAGUCACUCUGAUUAUUUGACUUAUAAUGAACUCACUGUAUAUACUAUAAUAUUGACUUGUUAGUAGCUGUAGGCUAUGAUAAUAAUUGCAUGCAUGGUU